AAAAUUAACCAUAGGCCACAUUCAGAGUUGUAGAGAAGGUAGAAGUUCUAAGCUUGCAAUGGCCAAAGAUUAUGGAGAGGUUAAGUUUUUUGGUACGGUUGGAAGCCCCUUUGCUAAGAGGGUGCAGAUUGCCCUAGACCUGAAGGGAGUGCAAUACACUUACUUUGAAGAAGAUCUUAGGAACAAGAGUGAACUUCUUCUGAAAUACAACCCUAUUCACAAGAAGGUGCCUGUGCUUGUCCACAAAGGAAGACCCUUGGCUGAGUCCCUUGUGAUCCUUGAAUACAUUGAUGAGAUAUGGGGGAGCAACCACCCCUUGUUGCCUCAACAACCCUAUGAUAAAGCCUUGGCUCGCUUCUGGUCAAGGUUCAUUGAUGACAAAUGCCUGCCAGCAAUAUUAAAGGCCGCAUUUACUGCAAACAAGGAAGAACGUGAGAAGGGCAGUGAGGAAUCACUGGAGGCUCUUGAGUACCUAGAGAAUGAACUGAAAGACAAGUUCUUUGGUGGAGAGAGUAUUGGCCUUGUGGACAUAGCCGCAAGCUAUUUAGCUUUUUGGCUCCCUGCGAUCGAAGAGGCUGUGGGGUUGAAGUUGUUGACUUCUGACAAGUUCCCAAAGCUUCAUAAAUGGGGUCAAGAAUUCACCAACCACCCUGUUGUGAAAAAGACCCUGCCCCAAAGGGAGAAAGUUGUGGGCUUCUUCAAAGCUCGAUAUGCAUCCAUCAUUGCUGCUUCCAAAUAGACCAAUUGUGAGUGUGAUAGAGGCUCAUGAUUGGGGAAAAAUUUAUUGCGUAAUAUUAAAUCUUGAAGAGAGUCGGAGACUUCUUCACGAAUAAGCAGAUCUAGGUUAGUUGAAUGAGUAAGACAGGUGAGUUAUAAUAAACACUCUAGUACCAAAUUUCAUUCUGUUAAAUAAAAAAUUACAUAUCUACAAGCUGGAAUAUAGUGUAAAAUUGUAGUGUUUGUGCAUUUUGUCUUCCUUUGGAUAUUUGAAUAAAAUUAACGGAGAGAUUAUUUAAA